AUGCCACCACCAUCACUGGGCUCACCGGAGGCCCUCUACCAUGUCGUACCGUCGGCGAGCUACGAUGCCAAUCCAUCACAGAUUGAACUCGACCGUGAAGGUGGUGCUGUAGAGACAGGCGUGUCUACGCCUCCGUUAUCUCACCCGCAGACUGUAUUGGUCACAGCACCAAUUCGCUGGAUUCACUUCAUAUUGGGUUGUGCGGUGCUGCUGUCCUGGAAUGGCGUAUUCUUCUCCUUCAUCUUGUUCAAUGGCGCAUCUCAGGCCGUUGUCGGUGCAUAUCUCCAGACGUCUGUAAUCGCAGUAGCGUCGCUCUUUGGCCCUCUAGCUGUACAAGCUAUGAUGUCCGGUCAGGCAGCCGUCGCUGUCGCUGUCAGUGGCGUCCAAGUCAUUAGCGCAGCCGCUUCUGUUCGAGGCAAGACCCGCGUCUAUAUCAGCGACGGAUCAGCCGAAGAGCGAUCCGCGUUCAUAUUCUUCUCCCUUUCCACCCUAUUUCUUGUGGUUAGUGCGGGGGCCCACUCUUGGAUGACCAAGACGCCUAUCUAUCAGCAAGUGGCGGCGUCGCUAGAACGCGGACGAAAGAGGACAGCGGGUGAGAUUGGACAUGCAGACGAAAGAGAAGGCCUUGUUACCCAUGUCUCGAGUACUUCAGCAAUUGAGGAUACAGCAAACGCCUUUAGAGUCGGGAGAGCAAAUGCUAUAUAUGAGGUUGCUGUUGCCUAUGUUUUCAUAGUCACUUUAGCCGUGUAUCCUCCCAUCACAACGUCCGUUCAACCCACAAAUCCUUCUACACAUCCUCUGCUUUUCAGUGCAUUCCAUUUUCUCGUGUUCAAUGUCGGAGACUUCUUGGGACGGUACAUCUGCUCAUUCCCCAUCUUCCUCAUAUGGAGUGCUCGUCGUCUUCUAGCCCUGUCACUCUCCCGAACACUGUUUAUCCCUCUGUUUCUAAUGUGCAAUAUCCAACGAGGGCCUACUGCUGCAGUUACUUCACCUAUCAUCAAUUCUGACUUAAUGUUCAUGAUCAUACUUUUCUUGUUCGGAUGGUCCAAUGGCUACCUUUCAAGUCUGUGCAUGAUGUCCGCGCCAUCCUUGGAGCACAAUCCCAGAUUAAAGGGCCGAGCGGAGGACGUCGAUGUCGCUGCCACAGUGGCCAGUUUCUGUCUGGUCGGUGGAUUAUCGAUAGGUAGCAUCAUGAGCUUUGCUGUCAAGGGGAUAUUCUGCGGCUGUAACCCUUUCACGAACUAA